AUGGAUGGACUAAUUUCACCACUGAAAUUGUUGGACUGCAAAAUCAGAAAUCUCAAAUUGGAAAAUCUUGUGUCAAUCCAUUUCGGUAUGUCCCCACCAAGACUGUUAUCACCAAAGUCGAUCAUCAUUAGUUUCGUGCAAUUUUGCAAUGAAGAAGUUAUGUGGCCAGAGAAAUUGUUGCCGUGGAGGUUCAAAGAUUCUAAAUUAGUUAGAAAUCCGAUGGAAUUCGGUAUUCUUCCGGACAACUUGUUGUUGCGUAAGUCCAACACUUUCAAUGAUUGCCAUUUGCAAAAACAAUCAGGUAACUCUCCAGAAAGAUGGUUUCCUUCAAAAUUUAUAAACACUACAUUGGAUGUAUUGAUACAAAGAAAAUCUGACAAUCCUCCGGAAAAUGAGUUAUUGGAGAAAUGGAGUUCUAAGGAUGAACUCGUCAUUAUUGGAGGCAGUGGACCACUAAACCUGUUGGCACUCAAGUCAAAAACAUGUAAGGGGCCAUUAUAUUCAUCAGUUCCACGAUCACUAAUAAUGGAUAAAAUCUUUCCGUCAAAGAGCUCAAACUCCAUAACCAGCUGGGAACAUUUCCAUAGAUUCCAGUACACGAUAAAUCCAGACUGGAGAUACUCUCUUUCUGAUUCUCAAGCCAUAACGGAAAUGGAGAUCCGAAGUUCCAAGACCCUAGACGGGGAAUUCCAAGAGAGAUCAAGAGUGGCUAAAUUAGAACGACUGAUAUUGUUACCAUCAUUCAGAGGAGCCAUCAAAUUAAGAUUACAUCCACUAGAAUGCAGCUCGACUAAAGAAGGAAUUAAGUUGCUGCAAACAACACCUUUCCACGUGCAACAAUCAAACUUAGCAUCCCAAGAAGACAACAAGUUUGAGGAGCCAUUUAGAGAUUUCUUGAAGCUUAAAAGGCAGUUGAUACAUUUGCUUAGUUUCAAAGACAUGAAAAGGAGGACCCAAAACAAAGCUGCAAGGAUAGAAGCUUGGGAGGAUUAUAUAUACAUCAACAACAAUACAGUGAACCUUCUUGCUCUUUGUACGAGUCAAGUAACUUUUGAAAAAUGCAAUAAAACUUUUGCCGUCUUUUUAGUCUUCUUCUUCCUCUAUUUUCUUGUUUUCACGGCCCAAACCUUCAUAAAUUAUACUUUGAAGAAAGGUAUUAAAUUUGCUCCAUACCUUGUUACUGAGAUACCUCUUGAACUGCGGAAAUCUACUGGACUGCCUACUCGAGCAAUGAAUACGCCGAGAUCCCCUACGAGUAGUUCAUGGUCUGAAUCAGCCGCCGGAGCUCUAAAACGGCGCAAAUUAGCCGUAGUCAGCCACAUUGCUAUUGCUGCUGCUGGUCAGACCCCGGUCGAGGCCUCCACGGCGAUCUUUCCGGCGGACAAAAGUGACUCCAUAUCACCGGAUAUUGAUUCGCUGAAGUUUUUUUGUGGUAUUGCUCAUAAUUGGAAUUGGGCCUUCCAAUGUGUUGAAACUCAUAUCAAGAUAGAUAAGGUUUCUGAGUUGAAAAAUCCACGGAGGGAUGAUGCCGUAAGAUUGGACAUCCAA